GGACGACUACCAGCUGGUUCGAAAGCUCGGGCGGGGGAAGUACAGCGAGGUCUUCGAGGCCAUCAACAUCACCAACAACGAGAGGGUCGUCGUGAAGAUCCUCAAGCCAGUGAAGAAAAAGAAGAUAAAACGUGAGGUUAAGAUUCUGGAGAAUUUACGUGGUGGCACCAACAUCAUUAAUCUGAUUGACACUGUCAAGGAUCCAGUGUCAAAGACCCCUGCUCUGGUGUUUGAGUACAUCAAUAACACAGAUUUUAAGCAACUGUACCAGAUCCUGACAGACUUUGAUAUUCGGUUUUAUAUGUAUGAGCUGCUGAAGGCCCUGGAUUACUGUCACAGCAUGGGAAUCAUGCACAGGGACGUCAAACCCCACAACGUCAUGAUAGACCACCAACAGAAAAAGCUGCGACUCAUAGACUGGGGUCUGGCCGAAUUCUACCAUCCAGCUCAGGAAUACAAUGUCCGUGUGGCCUCUAGGUACUUCAAAGGACCGGAGCUCCUUGUGGACUACCAAAUGUAUGACUACAGCUUAGACAUGUGGAGCUUAGGCUGUAUGCUGGCAAGCAUGAUCUUCCGAAAGGAGCCCUUCUUCCAUGGCCAGGACAAUUAUGACCAACUGGUUCGCAUCGCAAAGGUCCUGGGCACAGAUGAGCUGUAUGGGUAUCUCAAGAAGUACCACAUAGAACUGGACCCGCACUUCAAUGAUAUCCUGGGCCAGCAUUCCCGGAAGCGCUGGGAGAACUUCAUCCACAGUGAGAACAGACACCUGGUCAGUCCUGAAGUCUUAGACCUCCUCGACAAGCUCCUGCGAUAUGACCAUCAACAGAGGCUGACCGCCAAGGAGGCGAUGGAGCACCCCUAUUUCUAUCCAGUGGUAAAGGAGCAGUCCCAGCCCAGCUCAGAAAACGCUGUGCUCUCCAGUGGCCUGACAACAGCGCGAUGAAGACUGGAAAACAACGGGUCUGAUGCUGUUGCUCAGAAUGAGAACCAACUCAAACAUCUUAUCAGUCCAUGUAGAGCGACGGUGGGCAGACUGUGCGGCGUGGGCAGGGCUGAGAGUGGGGCAGCUGUCUCUAUCAUCACAGCCCCUCCUUCCAAGUGUUAAAGGUUCUUCUGCCUUUGGUUUCUUGUUGAGCUCGUCCUGGCCCAGAAAGAGUGGAACCAUGAAGGGCUUGCAAAGCAGUUGUUGAUUAGUUGUUCCUUCCUCUGCUCUGGCUCUUCCCAACCUUUGAUGGACCACGGUUACCCAGCUUGCGCCUGUCUCUGACAGGACAUGGGGGUGGCAGGGGAUGUAGUAUCACAAUGAACGGUUCUGUAUUAUAAUAAAAAUAAUUCUAUAUUGUUGAA